CGGGGGCGGCGGCGGCCUGCCUAGCCCGGCCCAGCCGGUCCUUUAGUCCCUCGGCCCUGCCGUCGCCAUGUCCUCCUCGUCCUCAUCUCCAGGAGAGUCGUACGAGGAGCGAGAGUACGAGAGCCAGGCCAAGCGCCUCAAGACGGAGGAGGGCGAGAUCGACUACUCGGCUGAGGAAGGCGAGAGCCGCCGGGAGCCCGGGCCCCGGGGCGGGGGCGAGGGAGGCGGCCGGAGCUACUCUCAGCCGGAGGCAGGUGGAAGUCAUCAUAAAGUUUCUGUUUCUCCUGUUGUUCAUGUUCGAGGGCUGUGUGAAUCAGUUGUGGAAGCAGACCUUGUGGAGGCUCUUGAAAAAUUUGGAACAAUAUGCUAUGUGAUGAUGAUGCCAUUUAAGCGCCAGGCUCUAGUGGAAUUUGAAAACAUAGAUAGUGCCAAAGAGUGUGUCACCUUUGCUGCUGAUGAACCAGUUUAUAUAGCUGGCCAACAAGCCUUUUUCAACUACUCUACAAGUAAAAGGAUCACUCGGCCGGGAAAUACUGAUGAUCCCUCAGGGGGCAACAAAGUUCUUCUUUUAUCCAUUCAGAACCCCCUCUACCCAAUCACAGUGGAUGUUUUAUAUACAGUAUGCAAUCCUGUUGGAAAAGUGCAACGGAUUGUCAUAUUCAAGAGAAAUGGAAUACAAGCAAUGGUUGAGUUUGAAUCAGUUCUUUGUGCCCAGAAAGCUAAAGCAGCACUCAAUGGAGCAGAUAUAUAUGCUGGAUGUUGUACACUAAAAAUUGAGUAUGCAAGGCCAACACGCCUAAAUGUUAUUAGGAACGACAAUGACAGUUGGGACUACACUAAACCGUACUUGGGAAGGCGAGAUAGAGGAAAGGGUCGUCAGAGACAAGCCAUUUUGGGAGAACACCCCUCGUCCUUUAGACAUGAUGGAUAUGGUUCACAUGGUCCAUUAUUGCCUUUACCAAGCCGUUACCGAAUGGGCUCCCGAGAUACGCCUGAACUUGUUGCAUAUCCCCUUCCACAGGCUUCUUCCUCCUAUAUGCACGGGGGAAAUCCUUCUGGUUCAGUUGUUAUGGUUAGUGGGUUACAUCAACUGAAGAUGAAUUGUUCAAGGGUCUUCAAUCUAUUCUGCUUGUAUGGAAAUAUUGAAAAGGUAAAAUUUAUGAAAACCAUUCCUGGUACAGCAUUGGUAGAAAUGGGUGAUGAGUAUGCGGUAGAACGAGCUGUCACACAUCUUAAUAAUGUCAAGUUAUUUGGAAAAAGACUUAAUGUUUGUGUAUCUAAACAACAUUCAGUUGUUCCUAGUCAAAUAUUUGAACUGGAAGAUGGUACAAGCAGUUACAAGGAUUUUGCCAUGAGUAAAAAUAAUCGCUUUACAAGUGCUGGUCAGGCAUCCAAGAACAUAAUCCAGCCACCCUCUUGUGUACUGCAUUAUUACAAUGUUCCAUUGUGUGUUACAGAAGAUACGUUUUCAAAGUUAUGUAGUGAUCAUGAAGUUCUCACAUUUAUCAAAUACAAAGUGUUUGAUGCAAAACCUUCUGCCAAAACACUCUCUGGCCUAUUAGAAUGGGAAUGCAAGACGGAUGCAGUCGAAGCCCUUACUGCCCUUAAUCACUACCAAAUAAGAGUUCCAAAUGGUUCUAAUCCCUAUACGUUGAAGCUUUGCUUCUCUACUUCAUCCCAUUUAUAAGAAGAGAAGAGGAUAGCAUGUCAGGAGCUACUUUCAUCUUUCUUUACAAUUUUCAAACUACACUUCAUUUUCAGAAUCUAAAGUGGUUGAUCUAAUGUUGCCUUGCUCUCUUUUAAGACCUUGUAUCUUGUUUUAUAAUAAACAGAUUUCUUUUGGCCUCAAGUGAAUUUGUUGUAAGCUGAAAUACUGUUUUCAAUUUAAAAUAGUGUAACUACAUAAUAUGUAGAGUAUCUGCUUCUGCAUUGUAGAUUAUGCCAUUAUAUUGUUUCUAAUAUUAUAAUGAUUUUUUCCACAGUUGGAAAUGUAUUUGCAUUCUUAAUGCCAAAGACUUGCAGAUAUCUUUCCAUUGUGAAUGAAAUAAAUUGGCAGGUGAAAGUCUUGCUUUCUAACAUGGUAGAAUCCAAUAUUAUCUGUCUAGUUAUUUAGGUAUGUCACAGUUAUCCACAUGAAAUAUAACUUGUGUUUAUAAAGUGUGCUCAUCAGGCUUCAGGAUAACACGACACAUGGCGAAUUUUAAGUACUAUAGGUAUACGUGAUUUCAUAUUUCCAAGAGGCUAACAGACACAUGGAUACCCUUGUACAGUACUCACUCAAACUUAUUUAAAUCAGUGUAUUUUUUUUAAGCCAUUGUCCAUUUGUAUAAUUAAAGUCUCCACAUUGAGUUAGUGCGUUCAUCUUCAUUUGCUGCAUGUGACUUAAUCUUGCAUACACUUUCAAUGCUUGUUAAGAAUUUAAUGUAGAAAAAGCUGAUGACUAUCUGGAAGGAAUCCUAUAAGGCAUUUAUUUUAUAUGCCCUUUGCACUUUGAGUCUAUGCUGCUGUGAAUUUCAGAUUGUGUGAGGUGUGCCUCUUCCCCAUGCCCUCUCAUCCCCACGGGCUAAUACAAUAUGUAUUCAGAACUUGAAAGUGGGAAAGUCCUGUGGUGGAUUUAUUUCAUUCAGUUAUUUUUAUUUCACAGAGGUAAAACUAAUCAUGAUUGUCCCGUGAUUAAAGACUGUUUUCAGCAGGUGGACUGUCUUCGAAUAAGUUAAUGUGGUAGAUACAACUUGGUUGAACAAAGUAUGUGGGUUACUGUUCUUUGGAAAAGAUGUGUGCCUUCCACGUGUCUGCAAGUUUUAUCCAACAACUAAAAAGGAAGGGUUAAGCAUUGUCAUUUUAAGCUUGUUUGAAGUAAGCCUACACAGUUUUUUGUUUGUUUUGGAAAAAGAAUGCUGUCAUAUAGCUGUGCAUAAAUCUUUCAUAGCAAUUAAUUUUCUUUUGAAAUUACCUGAUAUACAGUUAAUUAAAAUGUGGUCCAAAGAUUAAAGACCAGGUGUUAGGAGACUAGCCUGCUAUUCUCAGGUUCAUAGUGGUUGUAUCUGAGAGAAUUAGAUAUAUGUUGUUCAUCUUUUUAAAGGGGUGAGAAUAUGUUAUAUGUCUGGGGAAAAUACAUGUCUUUGGUUGGCAGGAGCUAUUUUGUAAUGACAUUUUCUCUUAGAUUCAUAUAGGUAAAUGCAAACUCCAUUUAGAUCUCAUGUAAAAAUUAAUUUAUUAUGGUUGCUAUAAUUAAAAAAUAUUUCCUUACUAAUGAGAUUUCAAAAUACUGGACCCAAGGUUCUUUUAGUCCUUUAAGGACACUGGAAAUCUCAAGUUCACACUUAGUACCUCUCCUAAAAAUGGGGAAAAAACAUGUUUAGCCAAGUGUAACUUUGGCUAGAUCAAUAACCAGAGGGUACUGAGCUGCCUCAAACAUAGCCAUUCAUAACUGGAUCAAUAUCGCAAAUUUCCCUCCAUUUAUUUAAUAUAAAAUAAACUGUAACCCCAUUAGAAUACAGUGUUUUUGUUUUUCUUCUCUAUUAACUCAUGUUUCUACCUAGUUAUUCUUAAAAUAAAAUUAGUCUGGAUUUUCUAAAGUGAACUGGUGGAUUUAUCUUAACAUUUUCUCUAUUAAUUUUUCCUUGGUAUUCUUGCUUUCAAUAUCAACACGAAUGCAGUUUACCGAUAGUAUUGUUCUGUUGUGCCUAUGACUUUAGAAAACAAGGCUGAAGGAAAUGGGGAGAGUUCAUUUGAUACAUAGGCUUGCUUUAAGUGGUGCCUGUGUUGAGAUACGUUAACGAAGGCUCCUUACCUCCUGUGAAGAGGCAAGUGAGACCCUGACAUGUAAACCUAAUUAUUCUGUGAGUUCUGUGACUCCAUAGUGAGCUGAGCACAGGUGUUAGUACUAGACCAGCCGCUGGAUCAAAUGACUUUUAUAGAUUUCAUUGGAGAGUGAUUACCAUUUCCUGAGUCAGCUCUGGGAAGAACUGGUUGUUUCCCCUAGAUUUGACUCUUAACAUAUUCCACCCUGAUAGCUUGGUGUUUCUGAUAUUGAAUAGAAGCCUGCAGCAAUUGCUGCUACUGAGAAUAAAGGGGGAAAUAGCUUCAAAUCUGCAUUGUUUUUAAAAAGCCCUCCAAAAUAAAAACAAGCCCCUUAAUUGCUUAUUACUUACUGUGGCAGAUUAAAUGAUGAUGGCUGCCUUUCUAAAUCCUUUUGUUGUGGCUGAAUAUAUCAGCCAGUUAUUAAUGUUUACAAAAGCAGCAUCAUUAGACUUAGGAUCAUUGAUAUGCUGCUUAACUAUGACUAAAUUAUCUCAAGGACAAGGAUAGAAAUAAAGAAAUGGGGUCAACUGUGUCUACAGUUAUCUUUACAUUGCUGUCUGCAGGGAUGAAGGUUGCUAGGUAACCACUCCACUUUACUGUUUGUGAGUAGCUUUUAGAUGAAAUCAGUCCUUGGAGUAAAGGGGUCGUGAGUUUAGAACAUCCUGCUGUAAUUAGGAGCAUGCAUGGAGAACCCAGGGAGCUCCACCUGACUUUAAAUUCUCCAGGUCAUACAGUUUUCACUAACAAACUAGCUGCCAUAACACCUCCAAAUGGUUACUGUUCGACUAAAGAGGUUUUCAAUCCAUGGAGGUACAUCUCCAUAAUAGCACAUAGAGAAUAAAAAGCCCCUCUAGUCGUUGUACCACCAACUUGUCCGUAUUAUGAAACCUAUUUUACUGUGAUGUUAAACUCAAUAAAUCAAAAAUGCAAAUACAAA